AUGGACCCCAUCCUGGACCUUGGACCGCAGGUGAGGCUGUCUCUGUCAGCAGUUGGUCAGAUUGCUGCCCCGUUGCAAGCCUUAUGGGUUUUUGGACAUUUGAUUGAACGCCUCGAGCAAUUGCAGCAUGGUGGGCAAACAUAUGACCCCAAUGCACAAAUCCAAGCUUAUCGUGCAUGGCUUUUGAUGAGAUGCAAGCAGGUUUGGACAUGUGACCACGAACCCAUUGAUGACCCCAAACUUUCUGCGUUGAUUGGGUUUUGGGAGGAUCACAAAACUUUGUCCCUUGCUGAAUUGUUGUAUCCCAUUCGAUGGCAAGGGUUGAUUCGUCAACAUGUUAGCAUUGCUGCAAUCUUAGACCACCUCAUCAAGAUUGAGAGUCUAGCGGCCCCCCAAACCAAUUUGGAUCAAGGGGAAACUGAUGAUGAAGCACCGACUCCUUGGUAUGAUGCACCGGUGCGGGUAGCAGACCCUGACGCCGUUGAGUGUAUGAGUGUUGAUUUUUGCACGGUCAUGUUCACUGGAAGCUCUGAGUCCCCCAUCAAAUUCCAACCGAAGUGUGAUUGCACCGUAGGCCAGUUUUUGACUGCUCAGGAAAAGCUGGUUGAAAAGAUGGAGAUUGAAAGCAUCAGACUUCGGGGACAAGAUAUUGAUCGUUCACAUGUCAUGGAAGUGGGACAAGUCAUCGUCGUCACGCUGCACGACAAAUCAGAUACCACCCCGAAAGCUGGUCUGUCGCCUGAAGGGUUUUGCCCAAAUGUCGAGGUUUCACCAACGGUUGAAUGGACGCAAUUGCCCAAUGAAGACUCUGUGAUCAAAUCGCCGCCUCGCAAGGUCUCUAAGUAUGAUGUUGGUGAAUGUUUGAUCCCUGACCCCAAGUCGGUUUCUGAAGAAUCCUGGUUGGACGCUGGCCCACUUUUGGGACUCAAGGGGGAUCAAUACCUGAAAUUGAUGUUUCGAGAUGCCAAAUUGCGAGACGCCCCUGGAUCUGGGGUGCUGGAGACCAGCCACCUGAUGAUGCAGUGCAAACUCAGAGUCCAUCCAGUGGGCCGAGGAUCACAAGAGAUGAGAGGCCAAAACGUUGUCACGGUUGUCUCAAUUGACAAUCACUGGUUGCCCAUUUGGAUUGGUCAUGAAUCACUGCUGCAAGAUUGGAUUCAUGGAAAUGCAACCAGUCACCCCGAAGUAGGAUUCUUGACGUGCCUACUGAUUGCUGAGCGAUGGAUACCUGUGUGGCUCACCAACACCGAUCAGGAAGUGCAAUGUUCCACGAUGAACUUGUGCCCAUAUGAACAGGAGUUGGUGGACGCGUUUGUGCAACACCUUGCAAGACAGUGGGGAAUCAACAUGGGCCAGUGUUACCAAGAACAUGCCCCACCACCGGUUUCAUUGUGUGGCCCGUAUGCAAUCAACUUCCUUGAGCAUGUUGUACUAGGCCAGACACGUUUCAAGAAUGCUGCUGCGUUGUUGUACCAUAGUUGGAGACAGCAAGGGGAGUUCCAGAUUGAACCUCAAGACCAUUGCACCAGCACCCCACUGUUGUGGGGCCAUGGAAGGACUGAUGAUUCCAACCAUGCACCACCCAAUGAGGGUUCCAGACAGACCAGAGCGCAGAUGAUUGCACCGCAUGGACAUGCCAUGGGCGAUGACGAAAUCCUGUUUCACUUGAACCACCUUGCCCAGUGUAGCUUAGCACUUCCGGCCAGCCAGUAUCGAGCACAAAGACAGUUUCACUGUUUGCCACCGCUGACUUGGUAUGAAUGGAGUCUAGGCCAGGAGCAUGUGAUGCAAGCAUGGAUGCAGGAACACUCUGAUUUUUGCGCUGAGAACCACUCAAUUGUCACAUGCAUGCACAUCAAUCAACAUUGGAUGCCCGUUUGGAUUGAACCACAUGGGACUGACGUGCAUUGCCACACCUUGCACCACCGUGCUGAUGACAUCGUGACCAUGGACCAUCAACUGACCAGGCUGGCGGGUACUCUUGGAUUUGAAGGCAUCAUAAUCCACCGAGUUCCAAACCCGAUUUCGGUGACACAAUUGUGUGGCCCACUGGCUAUCAAUUUCCUAGCGCACAUCAUGGUAGGCACCCCACUUCCGGUGGAUGAAUUGCAACUCCGAUAUCGAAGCUGGGACAUGAAGCAAGUGUUUGCUGAUCACAUCGGAGAUCACACUUGUGAAUGCCCAGUUGCAGUCCACCAGGGUGCUAUGGGACAUGAUGAAAUGGAGUUUCACAUUCACGCCAUGCGCUCCCUCCAAGAUAGUGACAUUCCGUACAGGGUGAAGGACAUCCCAUGUGGUGCCAUGACAAUUGCGACCAUUGCAGGUGUCUUUGGAAUGCGACCCAAUGUAGAUCAUUUGAAAUUCUUUCACCAUGCCCUCCAGACAAGUUUCCUGCUUGCUCAGCCUCGUGAUGAGGCACUGCAUGUGCACUGGGGUUUUGGACCACAUGGACAAUUGCAGAAGAACUUGGUAACGGAACUCCUGAAACAUGGCAUCCCUCAGGGAGUUGUUGAACAGAGAGCCAACGAUGCAAUCCGUGUGCUAGGCAGUGAGCAACUGAUUGCUGCCAUGAAUCACAGGCAACCGUGGAAACAACUUAAAAUGAUUGGUAAUCAUGCAAAGUUCCAGUUUGUGCUCCCUUCUGAAUUGGCCCUUGCGGUCGAGCAGAAUAAGGGGAAAACCGUUGGGGGUAAAGGUAAGGGCAAAUCCAAGACCAAGGGGCCACCUGUUCCUGUUGAACUGGACCCAAGCAAGCUCCAGAUCCUGGAAGGUACCUUUCGCAGCCAGGGACAGAUUGUGCCGCAACUCAGACCCAGCCAGAUUGGACCAGUGAGCUGUGGGGUUGUUCUCAUGAAUUGUCAAGAAGCAGAACCUUACCUCCGUGCAGGUGCAAAGGUGUCGCAAGAGCCAUUGGCAUUGGCUAUCCUUGCCAGACAGGACGGGGGUGUCACUACAGCCCUCCCACAUGCCACUAUCACGGUCCCUUGCCGGUGUGUGAUUGAUCAUGAGCCUGUCCUUGCCGAUGUCACCCUGGUGCAGAUUGGCCAAGGUUUUGUAGAAAAGCCCAUUGACCCCGCAGUGGUUCAAAUUGAAUCCCUGGAUGUUGUGACACUCAAAAUCCUUGCCUACAGGGACGAGCUCAAAGGGGAAUGGAAAGAGUUCUGCCAGGCGCCCAUCCGUUGCCUUGUUUCACUUUUGCCGAAGCUUAAACGAUGCCAUGAUGCCAGCUGUGACUGCGAUGCCUGGCAUAACCAUGAAAGUCUCACCAUUAAAGACCCCAUCUUAGAUGUGUGGCGACGCCAAUUCCUUCGGAGUGGUUUCAAGCCUUGCCCGGCAGAAGAAGCUGACAUAUUCACUGCCUGCAUCCGCAUUCCAACGUGCAUUUUGGCCCCACUGCUGACGCAUAGCGGAAUGGAAGGAGCCUAUUGUGAACCUCGAACACCUGACGGCAAAGAUAUCCUUGCUGACUACACUGUGAUAUGGACACCGCGCCAUAGCCUUCAGGACAUGCAGCACCUCAUGAGGACCAAUCCUGCGGUCACGGGCCUUGCUAGAUUGGGAGACAGGCAGAAUCCUAUCCAAAACUGGGUGGGAAUGCAGGCCACUCCAACCUACCACACCGUGCCCAGGAAGAGGAGCCAUGUGGCUUGUGCAAUCGACAGAGGUGCCACUGCUGCUGAGAAUGACCCUUGGAUCAAGCAGGACCCCUGGGGAGCGUACAAGCCCUCCAGUAACAUGCCAGCCCCCACGGGCCCCACAGAAGGAAUGAAACAAUUAGAGGACAGAAUCCAAAGUGCGGUGAUUGCGAAGCUUCAGCCACCCAUGGAGGAUGACAUGCCUGAACGAGUUCAUGUUCUGGAGGACCAAGUCCAACAGCUCCUUGCCAAGCAACAGGGUCUUGAACACCAGAUCCAUGAAUACAAUGGCCAGCACACUCAGCAGAUUGCAGCCCUCCAAGGGCAGGUGCAAGCUCAGUCGCAACAGUUACACGGUCACCUUGAAAAUCAGAACCAAACAAUUCAGUCACUGUUCGAACAGCAGAUGACCCAGAUCAGGGGGCUGUUAUCAAAGCGGCCGCGAGAUGAAGCGAGUCGAUGGCCUUAUGUUGUUUUUCUUGCCGCUGUGUGCAGAAUUGGUGAAGCUUGCAACCCUGGCCCUGACUCAGAUUUUGUUAUUGGCACCUUCAAUCCAUCUGGAUUACGAGGGAAAGCACCUUACAUUGUUUCACACCUGGCCUUUGGGGAUAUUUGGGCCGUGACAGAGACACACCUUAGCUGCACAGAUGUCCAUGCCUUUCGUGCUGGGCUCAGUUUUGCCAAGAGUUCCUUUAGGUAUUGUGUGGGAGGCCACCCGGUGCCUUCGCAAACCAACCGUCAGUUUCACAAUGCAUGGAGAGGGGUUGCCACCAUCUCCAAACACCCGACCAGAGCCGUUCCAACUGUAUGGCCACAAAACAUCCAGACUUCUUCCCGCAUCAUGUGCACUGCUACGUUGCUUCAAGAUGUUUGGGUCACUGGUGCCACGAUCUAUGGGGAACCUGAAAGUGCCAUGUACCCAGCAUAUAGGUCCAACAAUGAGCUGCUUUUGCAGCAAGCCAUUAGUCAGGUUUGUUACCUUUCUAAAGGACCCAGGUAUGUCUCCGGCGAUUGGAAUGUGGCCCAGCACUCCAUACCGGCAUUUGCAGAGCUGGAGAAAGCUGGCUUCCGUGACUUGCAAGAUAUUGCCAACCAGGAGUGGGGAUAUCCUAUCCGUAACACUUGUAAAUCUGCCACGCGUAAGGAUUAUUGCUACGUUUCUAGGGAAUUGCAAGCCUUGCUCAAAGAAGUACAUGUUGCAGAGGAUGUCUUUCCUGACCAUGCCGUGCUGUAUGGGGUUUUUCAAUCUUUGGGGAACAGCUUGCCACGCCAGAUUUGGGCAGUCCCCCAUGACUUCCCAUGGCCAAAAGUGUGGCCGGUUAACCCUAACCUUUGGGCCCAACAUACAGGUUCAUGUGAUGAGAAGUACCAAGCCCUUUGGCACCACAUUGAGACUUCGGCAAGUGAUGUUGUGCCUUUCCAGGUGCCACGCAAGGCCAUAGGUCGUGCACAGACAUGUCAAACAUCUGCCAUUAUCGAUGGCAAAGUUUCACCGUUGAAGAAGGCCAGGGAUGGGGAUGUGAAACCACAGUAUGUGGCUGCAACCUAUCGACACUCUCAAUGGUUGAGACAAACCCGUCGCCUGCAGUCAUACAUCCGCCAUGUCAAACAUGCUGGCAAUGAAACUGCUCAUGCGAGGGCGGUUUGGGGGUCUAUCCUUCGUGCGGCAGGUUUUCAUCCAUCUUUCCCAAAGUGGUGGGACACGUGUGAUUUCCGUACUCAUGGAGCUCCUGUUGCCAUCCCAUUUGUAACUCCUGGGGAAGAUGUUGCAAUGCAUAUCUUUGAUACUGUGGUGCUUGCCUUCCGUGCCAUGGAACAAGACUUGCAUAAGGCCUCCUGGCAAUAUGCGCGACUCAGACGAGAACAGAAUCCCAACAUGAUUUUCCGUGAUCUCAAGACGGGUGGACAGACUGGGGUGGAUAUACUCACUAAAUCCACCACUGCCGUGGUUGAAGAGGUGCGACAGCAAGACAUGGCAAUAGUUUUGGAAAAACCCACUGCUUUUGUUCCUGACAGGCCAAUUCUUUGCAAUGGCGCACAGCUUGCUAUCAUUCACCAUGAUUCUGAUUGCCUGUGGGUGGAGGAUGCCCAAGACGUCAAGCAAGGCAUGACGUUGGCACAACCGGCUCACAUUGGCACUGAAGAUGAAUUGUUUCACUUGUUUUUAGAGACAUGGAAAGAAAUGUGGGGGAGACACCAAGAUGUUUCACCAGAGCGAUGGCACACCAUUUUAGAGUUUGCGCGGGCCCAUCUGCCCAGACACCAUAUGUGUUGGAACCCUAUGGACCCUGAUGCGUUGGCCCAAUGCAUUGCCCAGAAAAAGAACACCACCUCGGCUGGUUUGGAUGGUGUUACUCUCAGCGAUUUGAAGGCCAUGCCGGUGACUGCACUGGAAAAUUUUACUCACAUGUAUAGGCAAGCUGAGACAACAGGUGAAUGGCCAACUCAAGUGCUGGCAGGCAGGGUCACCUGUAUCGCAAAAACUGAGGAACCCCAAAGUGCCUUGGACUUUCGCCCCAUAACGGUGUUCAGCCUCUUGUUUCGCUGCUGGGGUACAUUUCACGCAAAGAAAGCUAUUCGCAUGCUUGAACCUGCCCUACCUGAUGGCCUAUUUGGCAGUAGGCCCCACCGUUUUGCAGGGCAAAUAUUGUCACAUGUGCUCUGGAGUAUUGAGAUGGCAUAUGAGGAAGGGUUGCCCUUAAGUGGGGUCAUUGCUGACCUGCGCAAAGCCUUCAAUUAUCUCCCUAGGGAAGUGGUAUUGGAAGGAUGUGCAAUUGUUGGGGUCCCAUUUCCGGUGUUGACUGCUUGGGCCGGGGCUUUGACCAAUAUGCCCCGGCGAUUCCAAAUUCAGGGUAGUAUCAGUAAGCCUGCGUACAGUACAUGCGGGUUGCCUGAGGGAUGUGCAUUGUCCUGCCUUGGUAUGAUGGUUGUUGACAUGAUGUUCCAUGCUUGGAUGGUCCACUUUUUCCCUUUGUGUCAGCCGCUGUCCUAUGUCGAUGAUUGGCAAAUUUUGGUCUGUCACCCUGAUGCCAUGCAACCUACUUUUCAGUGCUUGGAGCGAUUCGUUGCUGCCAUGGACAUGUUUCUAGAUCAACGUAAAACCUCCACCUGGUCCCUCAGUGCCGAGGGUAGGAGUAGCAUUCGGUCUCAGGGCUUUGGAUUGGUGGCUUCAUGUCGCAAUUUGGGCGCGCAUGUCCAGUUCACCCGGCAACACACCAAUCACACCCUCAUGGAGCGCAUAGCCCGUCUUAGCCCCCUGUGGCCUAAGCUAAGGAUGUCGGCUGCCCCUUAUGCCCAUAAGGUAAGAGCCUUGUUGAGUGCGGCAUGGCCACAGGGAUUGCAUGGUAUUGCUGCUACCACGAUUAGCCAGGCUACUUACCAGGCGAUUCGUGCAGGUGCCAUGAAAGGUCUCAAGAUGGAUGCCUCCGGGGCAAAUGCGCAAGUGCACCUUGGUUUAGUGGAACAAAGUAGUGUUGACCCCUUCUGUUGGUCCAUUCUACAAACCUUUGGUCUCACCCGAGACUGUGGCUCUCCUCCCAGGGUUGAAAGUGUUUUAGCUGACGUCGCCCGUGAUAUGACAUGCAUCCCUAACAACUCCAUCACGCACACGCUCUUUAGGCGGGUGAUGGCUCUAGGCUGGCAUGUCACGGGAAGUGGGCAGAUACAGGACAUGAUUGGGCAAUUUUCACUGUUUGAGGCCUCCAUGGUGGAGCUCCGCUACAGAGUUGAGUUUCAUUGGCCAUGGGUUGUUGCAGCUGCUGUUGCCCACAGACCAUGUUUUGCGGGCCUUAGUGAGGUGGAUGCCCCAGCCACACGUGAAUGGCUGCAAUCCCUGGAUACUGCGGACAGAGGCCUUUUCAGGAAAAUUUUGAAUGGAACCCAUAUCACUCAGGAUGGCAAGAAAUACUGCCAGGAAGCGGAGCUGGAUGUGUGCCCCUUUUGUGCAUGCACCGAUAGCAGGUACCAUCGCUUCUGGCAAUGUGAACACUUUGAACACAGACGACAGCAUGUCUCACCUGAAGAUUUGCGUAUCAUUCUUGAACUACCUGAGGCAAUCUCUUGUUGCGGUUGGGCCCUUUCUCCCACCACCAGACUCGAAUGGCACCAGUAUUUGGACACGUUGCCACUAACGAGUCCACCUAGGGUUGAACACCAUGGUCCUUUGCAUUUGUUUACUGAUGGUAGCUGUCAGAUGCAACAUUGUGCACAAUUGCGUUUUGCAAGUUGGGCGGUGACCCGAGCUACAGAACUUGGGGUGCACUGUUAUGAUGGCACAGCGUUGAUUGACUCAGGCCCUCUGCCAGGUUUACUCCAAAGUGCCAUUCGUGCUGAAGUGUUCGCUGUUAUGCGGGCCUUGCAAAGUGCAGGGACCCAUGUGGGACCACUUCACCUUUGGUCGGAUUGUGCAGCGGUUGUUCGGAAACUGCGAAAGCUGAUUGCUGGCCAUAGCGUGCGGGCCAACAGUACACAUGCUGACCUGUGGGGAGAAAUUGAGAGAUUGGUGCGGCACCGCACUGGUCAGAUUAGUAUCACCCGCGUAGCAGCUCACCAGACAUUGCAGGGGAAUGAAACUUUCUUUGAGGAAUGGUGUUUCAGGAAUAAUGCAUUUGCAGACAAGUGUGCGGUUCAGGCCAAUAGCAACAGGGGAGCUCAUUUCUGGUCACUGUGGGAUAGGCACCAGCAUGCCUUUUCACGAGCCCGGGCCCUCAGUUCUCUUAUCCAGGGUGUGCAGCUUGCUAUUAGCCAGGAUGUUGUGAGCAUGGAACCUUCUGAUUUGCCGGACGCGCUCCCUGAGGAGUGCAUGCUGCCACUCCCUGACUCUCCAUGGACACCCCUGCCUAGAUUGCACAUCCCUGCCGGUGCGGUGCGAUGGUAUGGAGACCACAUGGUGCGGCUUGUGAUUAGCUGGUUCUGGCAAACUCUCUUUUCUGCUGAUGGGCCGAUGAGGUGGAUAUCGCAUUUUCAGUUGUACGCUGAUUUUAUGAUGGCGACUGGUCACCCAGGACCGGUGCACAUGCAUAAGUGGCUGGAGGGCACACAGGUUUCACAUUUAACCCUGCAAGGUUUUGGUUUCAAACAAAGAUCCAGGUGGUUUGCGAAGAUCCUUAAGGAGACGAUCCGUCACAUGGGGAUCAGUUUGCACUUUGGAUAUGGGAAACCUUACUCUAACAUGGUGUUGACAUUUACUGGCGUGAUGGCACUGCCUUGGCCACAAGAUAGGUUGGAAGCGAUUGAUAAUUGGAUGUUGGCUUGCGCUGGCACUACGUUCCGCCGGCAAUCCAAAAAGAUCGACGCCCUGCCAUUUUGUGACCGCAAUGCUAGUUUCACCCAGGUCUAUGUCACAACAAUUGGCAUGUGA